UUCACAAUGUUUUGUAGUCUAUCUUCUCAUGCCUGACUCGCAAAAGAGGAGAUACGACAACUGAUAUCGCCACCAGAGACCGAAGUAACUUUAGAACAUCUGCUGUGUGAGUGAGCGCUACUCUGAAAUAAGCGAAUACUUUCGGCAAUGUUGAACUUGACAAAGCGCAUUUUAUCGAUUGCUGUCUUGCUGAUCUUGGUGUCAACAGAGCUGAACUGUCUCACGAUCAACACAGACGGCUGCGGAACAGAAAAAGGAUGCUUUAUGUUUCCAACCGACUGCGGCAAUAACUGUGAUUUCUUGGUGACGUACAACGCGACAAACUCAAGUGAAGUAGAGUUCGAGUUGAGCGGCAAAGGUGACUGGGUAGCAGUGGGAUUUAGCGAUGACCAGAUUAUGCCCGAUACAGACAUCCUUAUGUGCGUCAGCGAUGCAGCUCUAACUGGUCACUAUUAUGCCUCAGGGAGGUCUGCGCCUGUUAGGACCACUCCGACACCAGCGGCAGUGACAGUUAUUGAGGGAGAAAAAGAUGGUGAAAUGAUGAAGUGCAGAAUUUCGAGGGUCAUCAACCCAGAGAUAUCUAACUUCAGGGACCUGAAUCAACCUUGGUAUCUUUUGGGAGCGAUUGGAGACUUAAAUAACGGUGAGUUUUUAUUUUGGUUAACGUAUUUUUUCUUUUCACAAAAAUACAAAGAAAUUCAUUUUUGGAACUACGAGCCCGAGUUUUCUCACUCUUUCAAUUCACAGCCCGAUACAGACAUCCUUAUGUGCGUCAGCGAUGCAGCUCUAACUGGUCACUAUUAUGCCUCAGGGAGGUCUGCGCCUGUUAGGACCACUCCGACACCAGCGGCAGUGACAGUUAUUGAGGGAGAAAAAGAUGGUGAAAUGAUGAAGUGCAGAAUUUCGAGGGUCAUCAACCCAGAGAUAUCUAACUUCAGGGACCUGAAUCAACCUUGGUAUCUUUUGGGAGCGAUUGGAGACUUAAAUAACGAUGCAAUUCAAAUACAUAGUCGCCGCCAACCUACAGCCUCUAGAAUAACUGUCACGGAGGCUAGAUCUGCAUCUUCAGACGAUGGAAUAAAUACAAACAUUAUCAUCCACGGAACUCUGAUGACACUUGCUUGGAUUUUGUUUGCAUUUGUGGGUUUGUUCACGGCACGAUACAUGCGCGAGGUCUGGGAACCCAAACAGUUAUUGGGAACGAAAGCUUGGUUUACGGUUCAUCGGACACUGAUGACAAUAACAGUACUGUUGACAGUGGCAGGGAUAGUUGUGAUCUUUGUUCACGUGAAAGGCUGGUCAUCGGGGGCUGGAGUGCACCCUUAUUUUGGUAUCGUCGUUCUCGCCCUUGCACUUGCUCAGCCAAUCAUGGCGGCAUUCAGACCACAUCCGGGUGAACCGAGGCGCAGCAUUUUUAACUGGGUUCAUAGGUGUGUCGGUACCUUAGCGCUGAUUCUUGGAGUUGUUUCAAUCUACUUUGGAUUAAAUACUAAUCAAGUCGGCUUAGGAAAAAAGGGACUUUGGCCAGUGAUCACCUUCUACAUUGCAGAAUUUCUUGUUUUCUUAUUUGAGGUGUAUCUGAUCAUAUCCAAACGAAAUCGCGAGAAGAGGUCUGUUCCAAUGGGUACUGCAAGAGGUAUUCCCAUGGAGCAACCUGGACAUCAGACCGGAGCUUCGCCAGAGACUGAAAUGCCAGUAAAGGAAGCAAUGAUUCGUACUUUUAUGUUUGUUUUCGUCGUGCUCGUUGGAGCCAGCGUGUCGCUUACCAUAAUCUUACUCAUGGUGCUUAAAUAGACUCAGGAUAGUAAUCGAAAGGCUCAACUUCGUUUAAAACUUCAGCCUCGAAGGAGUCCGGUAUUAGUGCUUUGUUUCUGGUGCUCAGUUUAUCAACCAAAUGUGUAACAAAACAAUUGCUUUUCGCCAGCCCCACCGUGAUACAAAAAAAGAACGAUAAACAAUGACUUAGCAAUUUCCGAGUUACACAGCUUUUUCUUUUACGAUCGAACCUAAAGGCAAAAAGUAAAUAUAAUUUCAAACACUUGUAUUCAUAUUUUAAACACUCCUUUUCCCGUGUUUUAAAGUAAAUGCGCUUAGAUUUUUAAGGGUUUAAUCUUAAGGAACACUGAAACUUGAUUGGCUGUUCUUGACGCCACGGCAUAAGAACGCUGUAUGUCAAUUCAAUUAUUUUAUUACCAAGCUGAAGACUGCAAAAAGACAGGCCAAUUAUGAAUAAUCUCGCACGGCAAUCACGCAUGAUUUUCUUCAUAAUGGAAAAAUUAUCUGUGGAUUUCAGUUAGUUCAAACACUUGUUUGUGGGCCGUAAAGAAGUAAGACUCUGCGUCAACUUAGGAGUUAAAAGCGCGCGUCGGCCUCACUUGUGAAAGGCAGGUGUGUGCCUUAUAUUUUUUCACAUCUUUGAGAUUAAAGCUUUCCACGGCGAACAAAAGGAUUCAUUAUAUCGGAAAUAUCUCUUUCUAUGACGUAAAUCAAAGAUUCUUAAAGGAUUUAACGCAUUUCAUAAUACCCGACGAUGUUGGACAUUUUGUUGAAGCUUCAAUAAACAAUGUACCAAACC